AGCUGUGGUGCAAGAAGAACAACCUCUUCCUAAACAUCGACAAGACUAAGGAGAUGAUUGUGGACUUCCGCAGGACUGGCAGCUACAUGAUAUGUAGGGAGGGGAAGUAUUUGUGUGUUGCUCUGCUUUCUUCCAGUCAACAGUUUACUCAAAGGCUUCUCCUCGAUCCCCGAGGCGUGGACGGAGCAUCAUUUGUAUUUCACUUUGAAUAAAAUAAUGAACACAUGUAAAUAUGCUGUCCUGCUGUAACAUUGGAGCGUCUUCAGAAUAUGUUUUGCAAGAGAUCACAGAGUUUCAGAGGUGGGACUGAGUCAUUGUUUUGCAAGUCACAAGUAAGUCUUUGCAUUCUAGUCCCGGGUCAAGUCUCAUGUCAGGAUGGGCAAGUUCAAGUCAAGUCCUAAACUUUGAAAACCGAGUCUUAAACAAGUCAUUAUGUGCUGUUCACCUAAUGUAAUGACAUCCAACAACAGCAGGAUAAUAUAUUGAAGCUACUCAAAUCAUGAAUGCUUUUACAAAGUUUAUGAAAAUGCUCUUUAUCAGUCAUAUUAAUAAUGUCUCUCCGCUGCUGAAGUUACGUCUUCUAUUUAAGAGGGAACAGUACGGUUAGGCUACUGUGACGGUUUCAUUCAGAGGGAAUUUAUUAAUCAGAUCCCUAUUUCCACAGCCGUUGUACCUUAUCAGUCCUAAGGGCAUUCGAAGAAGAAGAAUGGGAGGAUGAAACCCUCUUUAGUGUCACACACAUGCACACUGCAGAGCACACACACUGAAAUUGGUCCUCUGCAUUUAAUCCAUCCGCGCCCGGGGAGCAAUGGGGGGGGAUUGGAGGUGUCCGGGGCCUUGCUCAAGGGCACCACAGCAGGGCCUAGGAGGUGAACUGGGACCUCUCCAAGUAGCAGUCCACCUUCCAUAUUUUUUCAAGUCUGUUCGGGGACUUGAACCGGCAACCCUACGAUUCCCAGUCCAAGCCCCUACUGACUGAGCCACUGCUGGACAUCUCUAUGUUAUAUUGUGUGGUUCGAAGCUGUAAUAAUGUUGUUGUUGCUCAUUUUACCAUACGGUUGCACCUAUGAGCAGAAGAAGUAGAAGAAGAACGUGUCUUCUUCGGUGGUGGUAAAUAGGUACGGAGUUUGUGGUAAGUUGAAUGAAGCAGCAGAGCAGUGAAGAGAGUCAGUGUAUGUUCAGAGUUUACUCGAUGUGGAACAACAGAAUAAAGUGCUGACGAGAGAAGGACCGGUGUCCGCCUGAGCUCUGGCUGCAACACCACUGCCAUCCAUCAGAGAAAAUAUAGAGGGAACUAAACGCCUUUCUGCUCAUUCUUUGAUAGAUUCCUAGACACAGUUAUGACUGCUAUACCGUUUCCAGCUCAAAGAAUCAAAUCACAACAACUGGAUCUCGUACACGGGAUAUUCAUUACUUGGAUUCUCUGGAGAACGGCCACGUAACGUUAUCCUAGCGCUUUGGCCCCCUUCUAGAUUUCUUGGAAAGAAUUGGGACUUGCAUGUGGUACAGUAUGAACAGAUUGUCAGAGUGGGGUUGAUGUGUAAAGCAACAAUCGAUGGGGACUGUAAUGGACAGAUACUACUUCAUUCAUUGGUUUAUAGAAUUAAAAGGCGUGCCUAUUUCUGAAUAUUAAAACGACGGCAUGCUAACCCGCCUCCGUCACUGAGAGAUUGAACAUCAUCGUUAUAUGUAUUCCUGCUCCACACUGACACCAUACUUUUGUCAAACUAAAGGGAAGCUGGUGAAUUUGUUUAUCAAAUGAAGUGUUUUGUGUAGUGCUGAAGUUUGGCGGCAUUUAAAUGUACACACACACACUCACACACACACACACACACACUCACACACACACACACACACACACACAUUCAAAGGAUAACUUCCUGUAAUAUAUCUUUCCAUCUUUUUGAGUAGUACAGGAAUACGUGGAUCCACACGGACGCAUCGUGAGUAAUCAGUAGUCUAAUCAGAAUCAUAAAUACCUUUUCUACCUCAAAUGCAGCUCAGACCGUCAUUUCCCUCUGAUAGAAACCUUCCUGAGGGAGCGAGAGUAUUCAAUAAACAACCUAGGAUGCUAAGCUCAGCUUUGCAUGGACUGUCUUGGACAGGAAGAUGGAUGCGGUGACCUGGUUUGGGUCAUGGAUGUCACGGUCGCUCUGCAUGUCAGACUCAGUCCAUCCGAGCUGUGAUUGGUGCAGACAGUCUGAGUAACGAGUAGAUUAAAUAUCCCAACCUGAAAACCCAGAGAUUCAACGCUGGCUUCCUACUGUCAUCAUCCAAGUACAGGUACAGGUACAGGUGCACACAUGCACAUGCAUUGAGCUAUCGCCGCCCAACCGCAACGCUGAUGAAGGCCCGUGGAAAACAUGAAGGGAAAAACCUCCGUCCUGCUGCUGCUGUGUGCUGCCGUGUGUGGCUCGAGUCUGAUGAGUACAUUUGUAUAUCAUGAUAAAAAGAAGACAUGGAGAGAAGCACAGAGCAUCUGCAGAGAGAAGCACACUGAUCUGGCCACCAUCAGAACCACAGAACAGUUAGAGGACACAUCACAUGAGGACUCAUGGAUCGGUUUGUACCAAGAGAACUCGGGCUCUGAGUGGAAAUGGUCGGGAACAGGCGAGACCGCUAACUUCACCAACUGGGCCAACACUGAACCAAAUAAGGACGAUGAGCUCUGUGUUGCUGUGAGAAAGGAUACUCAAAAAUGGGCUGACUUUCCCUGUCACACAAAACUGGAUUUCUUCUGCGACAAUGAGGUGCUGGUUCUGGUGAAGAGCCACCAGACGUGGGAUCAGGCAUUAAGGCACUGCAGGCUUCUCGAGGCUCAUGACCCAAACAUCCCAGUGAACCUUCGCUGGAACUACCGCUACGACCUAGCCACCGUGCACACUGCUGAAGACCACGCCUUCGCACGACUGAGGGCUCAAGAGGCUACCACUGACGAGGUGUGGACGGGCCUGCGUUUCCUGGCGGGUCAGUGGUUCUGGAUGGGUAACGAAGCAGCAGAUGUGGAAAUGAAAUGUGGCUGGACUCAGAGUUCCUGUGGCGUCCUGGCGAAGAACAGCACCCAGUGCUACGAGACGGCGGACUGCAACAAGAAGCUAAACUUCCUCUGUCGCAGGAAACCUUGAAACCGGGAAAUCUGGUUCUUUGAAAAGGCUCUUCUUCCUCCUCCCGGGUUCAGGUUUUAUUCAUGUGAUCAGUGUAGGCUAGCUCAACUAAGGGUGGAUUGUACCUUAAAUAUUAAGAAAGUGGCCACAGGAUUAUAUAUUCCACAAUGUCCUUUGCUUGUGUUAUUUGUGUGUUUCCUGCAUACCAACAUUGAGCUGUCACCCCAGUGCCUUGAUAGUUCAUACAUGCAUAUAUGAUGUUUAGAAGCAAAGCCAGAAAUGUGUGGUUAGUUUCUUUUCCAUCGUUUUCUUUCCCAAUAUAUUAUUUAUUCAUGGGAAUAAAAGAUUUAAAUUACUUUCACUAUUUAAUAAAUGUACAACUUCUA